CUCUGCGAGUGACGAGGAGGUCGCUCUGACUUGCUGUGAGGAAAGCAAUGUGGAUUCCUGGGUCAUGGAUUCUGGUGCUUCAUUUCAUGCCACCCACAGCGGUGAAGCAUUGCAGAAUUUGGUUAUUAGAGACUUUGGAAAGGUACGACUAGCGGACGAUAGAGCUCUUGAGGUGACGGGCAUUGGUGACAUGGUGUUGAAGACCUCAGUCGGUUUCUCGACUUUGAAGGAUGUCAGAGUGGUUCCAGCCUUGAAGAAAAGUUUGAUUUCUGUCAGGCAGUUGGACGAACAGGGACACGAGGUAAAGUUCAGAGAUGGGCAGUGGAAGGUCGUGAAGGGAAAUCUUGUCAUAGCCCGUGGAAAGAAGAGAGGUUCGUUGUACAUGGUCGGGUUACCAUCUGAGGGAGUGACCGUCCCAGUUCAGAAGAGAAACAAAGUCCGGUUCACAGAGUCUCGUGGGCAGAAUAAGGUUGUCUGUGCAAGAGAGAAACCUAGAGCCACUGGUCAGACUCAGGAUGAACGAGCGUGGAAAGGUUCAAGGGGGCCAGUCAGAGGUAUUUAUGGCAGUGGGAGCUCAAGAGGCGCUUCAGCCAAGUUGCCUAGAAGACAGUGGGUCAGGAGAACCAGUAUUCCAGCUGUUGGAACAUCUCCAGAAAAUUUCUUGCUGAGUAUGGAGAGUGUUUGUUCUCAAGAUGUUCCAGGAUCCGGCAGUGUGCGUCUGCAGUGGGAGCCAGUAGGGACCGAGGACGAGUCAAGGUCAGAUUUUGCCGUGACUGAUGUGUUGGAGCUUGGGAGAGCUUCAACGGGCCUUUCAGUUGUCUGAUGUUAGGGCCGCUGCAAUAGGAGAGCUGAGGAAGAUUACUCGAUGUACAAGGAAUCGUGGUGGAUGGCAGUUGAUGACUAUCAAGCCUCCAAGUGGGAGAAUGUUGGGUUUGUGGAGGCUUGGUCUUGAUUUUUGG